AUGGACAUCACCGCCUUUACCGUAGGCAACCGCGACGCUGCCCUGCUCAUCGCCGACUACAAUGCAUACCGCAAGCAACUUUCGCGACAACUGCUCGCUCUGCGCAAGCGUCUGGGCCGCUCUACCAACAAGGGCCAGAAGUACUCCAACAAGUCGACUGUCACCGCCGAAGAUGUCGCCCAGAACCCUCACUGCGAACGCGCUUGGGCCCACGCCAUGCACAUCAAGUCCAUCCACUCCGAAGACAAUCAAGGAAACGGCAUCACUGGAACCACUCGUUCUCACAUCGUCUCACGCUUUCACAAGGCCGCUCGCCUCGCCCAGAACCUUACCGACAUCCUAAAGGACUACCAAGCCUCAAAGACAAGCCACCAGGAUCUGCUCGAGGCCGAAGCCUACCGCGCCUCCCUCUCCGGAGCCGAACACUUCGAGAAGCAGUCCGAGGGUCGCGUCAACACCGAGAAUCCUUCGAGAUGGGAUUUGUGCCUGCGCGAGUACUCUACUGCCCGCAUCAUCUAUGCCACCCUGUUUGCUCAAGGGAACAAGGACCUCUUCCGUGAGAUCCUCGCCAGCGCCGUCGAUCCUGCUAUCCGCUAUGCCGCCUACCAAGCCCGCCUUCCUCGUUCCAUUCCCGUAUCUACAGUCGCUCUGCGCUACUUCCCCAAGGAUGACUCUACUCUGGUCGACCUGUUACAACAACUCGACUCCAACGCCCUCAGCGAGACCACUACGGAAACCACUCCCNAAAAUCUGGGCACAACCAACAUCCCCAACACGAUCAACUGGCGGUCCAUGACUGCCAACAUCGUAGACGCCUCAAUCGGUCAAGCUCUUGCUGCUGUCGCGUCUGCCGAACCCGAACUAAGCUCAUACCUCAAGUCUAAUGCUUCUGCGCUCACUCGAGACCGCGCCGGUGCCUACGAUAAUGUUCUUAUUGCCAGCCAGGACGCUGCAGAUGCCACUAGAAGAGCCAUCGAAGAAUUGGAGAAGGAAAAGGUAGACGAGGGCGACAACAGAAUGCAAGAUUUGCGUAUCACCAGUCUUGCCGUCAACUACGCUCUUGUCAGCUGGCGCGUGGGCAGAAACCGUGUUCUUAUUGGAUCCGAAGAUGGCAGACUGUUUGAGGAAAAGAAGGCCAAAUCCAGCAAACGCGCUCGUGACCAGCACAAGUCGGAACCCAGAGGGAGCCAACUUGCCCGUCUGCGCGAGAGAGUUGUGCUUUACGAUUCGACUAUCCAGAGCAUUGACUCUAUCAAGGAGUUGAGAGGUGCUAUGAGAGACGAGAGCUUUGUGCGCGAGGUGGACGGCAAGCGUGCCUACUUCCAGGCCUUGAGAUGCCUCAACAUUGCAGUUUCGCACGCUCUCUUGUCGGAGCAUGUCAACGCUCUUGCUCUGCUAGCCCGCGCUCUUGAACUUGCAAAGCAGUGUGCAAGCUCAUUACCAUCGACUCCAUCCGACUCAAACUCUGCGCCUACCCUCGACAUCCACAAGUCUCAAGCCGAUGCACUUCAGAAUCAGCUCCAGCAACUCGUGUACAGACAUCAAGCACUGGUGGACCUGCACAAGUUCCACGACAAUGCAGCUAUCGCAGCAGCCAAGCACAUGUCCACUGCCGCCCCUCUUGUCCAACGCCUCAGCGACUUCUCCACACCAGGCGUCAAUGUCAACCUCAAAAACCUGGUCACAUAUCCUCCCAAGAUCGAGCCGAUCCCUGUCAAACCAUUAUUCUUUGACGUCGCAUGGAACUACAUUGAUUAUCCGACCAUGGGCAAGCAAGUGGUGGAAGCAAAGGCGGCUGUGAGCAACGUGAUAGCCGAAGAGAAGCCCAAGGAGGAAAAGAAAAAGGGCUGGUUUGGAUUUGGACGAUGA